UCACAAAAUUUUGUUGAUAUUGAUAGUCAUGUGUUCAUAUGGACACGAACCUGUUGAGAUUUAGAAUUAAUCUGGAUUAUAAGGAGUCGAGAACUAAUGUAAUCAAGAACGGAGAGGGAGUAUGAAUUUGGAAUCACCUUUCAAAGUUAGACAAACAUAAAAAUUAUUUAACGGCAAUCAAAGCUCGCUAAAACCGUGGAAAUGAUAAGAAAUCCCGCAAAAAUGGAUGAAAUAACGACAAUCGGAGUGGUGGGCGCCGGCCAAAUGGGUGCCGGAAUCGCACAGCUCGCCGCCGUGAAUGGCCUCAACGUUUGGCUUUUGGAUUCGGACCCCAAUUCUCUUACUAGGGCUACCAAAACUAUCGCCAAUUCUCUCCAACGUCUUGCUUCCAAAGGCCAACUUUCCCAGGCUGUCAUCAGUGAUGCGCUGAAACGCCUACACUGUACCACGAGUUUGAAGGAUUUUCAUUCUGCAGAUAUUGUAAUUGAAGCAAUUGCUGAAUCAGAAGUGGCUAAGAAGAAUCUAUUUGUUGAGCUGGACAAGACAACCAAAUCUUCUGCCAUCUUAGCAUCUAACACUAGUUCCAUCUCUAUCACGCGGCUUGCUUCUGUAACAAGUCGACCAUCCCAGAAACAUUUGCAGGUCAUUGGAAUGCAUUUCAUGAAUCCUCCUCCUAUAAUGAAAUUGGUUGAGAUUAUAAGGGGUGCAGACACAUCAGAUGAAACUUUCAGUGCAACUAAAACUUUGGCAGAGAGGUUUGGUAAAACAGUGGUAUGCUCUAAGGAUUAUUCAGGAUUCAUUGUAAACAGAAUCUUAAUGCCAAUGAUAAAUGAAGCAUUUUUCACUUUAUAUACUGGAGUGGCAACCAAGGAAGACAUUGAUGCAGGAAUGAAACUUGGGACAAACCAGCCAAUGGGUCCACUGGAGCUUGCAGAUUUUAUUGGCUUGGAUGUUUGUUUGUCAAUUCUUAAAGUCCUUCACGGAGGACUUGGAGACGUUAAGUAUGCCCCUUGCCCUCUUCUUGCUCAAUAUGUUGAUGCUGGUCGUCUUGGCAGAAAAUCUGGUGUUGGGGUAUACGACUACCGUGAUGCACCAAAAUCUACCAAGCAUGCAGCAAGACUUUGAUUUGUCACUGUUAUCAGCUAAUAAGAAAAUAAGCUAGAACUUCAUGUGGAUAUCUUAUGGAAAAAUAAAGGACCUUGUUUUUGAGGUGCACUGUUACAAUGGUCAAUUGAAAAGAGUUUCUCUAUUAUUUUCGGGUUUGGCUGCAUCAUCUUACGCCUCCUACCCUGUCAUGGGUGGGAGUUCCUUUAGAAAAAUUGAGAUUAAGUUGAUGUUAAUACUGUGCUUAAAGUUGUGUUACUAUAAUUGCAAAAGCCUAAAAGUCUAUUUGGUACUGCUUGCCAGCCUUAGCCGACUUGACUCUGUUGGUUAGUGACAACCUUUAGCCCCACAACUCUACCCCACUUAAGAGCUGGAAUUAUUGAUUAAUGGAUGGCCUUCUUUUUAUGUGGGGCCUGAUACUGAAUGGGAUCCAAUGGGCAAAGCAAUUUGAUUAAGGGGAAAAGCUGGAGUAGAAUAGAAGAUAGUUUCUGAAACAACAGAAUAAAAAGUUGGUACUUUUUCCUGGCAGAAAAGAAUCAGAUUUGAGGAGAGAGAUUUUAGUUAUCUGUUGGGAAGAGACAUAACAUAAUGAAAUUCUUAUUCCAGUGUCCUUGCUGUUCAUGUUUCUGUUUCAUGAAGCCCCAGAAAGGGAAGCCGAAGGAAAAUACGGAGAAGCCGAAGGAGAAGACAGAAAAGCCGAAAGAAAAGAAAAGCGGUAGUGCUGAAGUUGCACCUGCAGCUGCAGCAGCACCUCCAGCAGCAGUGGCACCAGCAGCACCAGCAGCAGAGUAGAAUGAUUGUUAAUUGUAAUUCCAACUAAUAAUCAGUUGGCUAUAAAUAUUUGAGAUUAAGGCAAUGUGCAAGUGAUUUGAUGUUCCUUUUUACUCUGGGACUCUCCAUUAAUCUGAAAUGCAGGUACGAAUUGCUACUAGUAUAUGUUCAAACUUCAAAUAAUGUAUUCUCCGCCCAACCCUUUCCCUAUAUAAUUGGAUCGUCUCAUCUGGAAUGUUUUUUCUGUGAAUUUGAAUUUGAGAUUUUCGGCUUUCAGAUUUUACUGCAAGGAUGUGAUUAGGCAUAGUACACAUCUGAUGGCUAUAAUUCUUAAAUGUAUACUGGUUGAGUUACAUUAGGUUGUGUCUAUUAGUACAAAGUUACUAGUUUUUCA